AAAACGUAUCCGAAAUUUGGAAGGGCAGAGACGAUGAUCACUUCUGGCCCCACUUCCUUUUGUCUCUUCAGCCCACCAACCAAAGCUUACCACAUCAUCUCACGUGGGACCAACACGUCUCACUCUCUAUAUAGCUUAAUCCCCAAACUACCCCUCCUUACCAUACUGUUUGUUUGUUUAACCGUGAUUAGCACAAAUUAUUAAUGUUUUUUAUUUUUGGGAUCAGGUUGUAAUUGGCUUAGAAGUUGCAGCUUAAAAAGGCCUGGACUUUAGAAUCUGGAUGUCAUCUGGGCAUUUACCCAUAUAGCAAAGCUUGGUGGGUAGUGGCUAUAAAGAAGGGCAGUGCAUAUCUCGUCUUCUUCCUUGUUUUCUCAGAGGUUUCUUCUUCUUCUUCUUAUUCUUUGAGAGAGAGAGAGAGAGAGAGAGAGAGAUGGGGAAUUGUCAAGCCAUUGAUGCAGCAACAUUAGUGGUACAACAUCCAAGUGGGAAAGUGGACAAAUAUUAUUGGCCAGUGAGUGCUAAUGAGAUCAUGAAGAUGAAUCCUGGUCACUAUGUUGCUCUUCUCAUCUCCACCACCUUAUGUCCUAAUAAUGACAAGGAAGAAUGCCAGGUUAAGAAUAAUGACAACAACCACAACAGCAAAAACCAGCAGGUUCGUUUGACUAGGAUUAAGCUUCUCCGGCCGACAGACACUCUUGUUCUUGGCCAAGUUUAUAGACUCAUCACCACUCAAGAGGUCAUGAAAGGUUUGCGGGCAAAGAAGCAGGCAAAGAUGAAGAAAAACUAUCCAGAAUCAGCAGAGAAGCCAGAGAGGGUGGUGAAAGAGAAGCCGGAUUCUCGACCAGACACAGCAGCAGCUAGAACAUCUGAACUGGAGACGGACAACCAUGUGACAACACAUGAGAGACAACGAUCGAGGACAGCAGCAUCAAAUAACUCUGCAACAGCCAGGCCAAGAACAUGGCAACCAUCUUUACAAAGCAUCUCAGAGGCUGCAAGUUGACCAUGCUUUUAACAUGUUAAGGAGAGAAGAGCAGUGGGCUUUACUGCAUGACAUCUAAAACCUCGACAAAUAAUUUUGGGGGAUUCUGGGAGGCCAAUUGUGAUCUUGAGAGAUCAAAGACUUCUUUUUUGAAUUGCUGAUCUGGGUAAUGUAAUGCAUAGCUGUGUAUAGCAAAGAGGCACAUAUCCAACAUUAGUGUAAUUGAGUGUUUUUCUGAAAUGAGAUUAGACUCCAUGUUAUAGAUAA